AUGUAGCCGUGUGAUGAGGGACAAUAACAGCAGCACUACUAUCACGAUAUACAGUCCUCUGUAAUUUAAAAUGGGGAUCUCAAAGUUGGCACAUUUAAUCCGAUUUGAUGCGCCAACGUCUGUCCGCAACAAAGAGAUCGGCGAUUAUUCUGGGGAAAUAAUCGCACUGGAUACAUCUAUUGUGGUGAAUCAGUUUCGCUCAGCUGUCCCCGGCCAUCUGAAGCUAAGCCCUCUCACAGGCCUGUUUUACCGCACGCUUACUUUCCUGGAGCAUGACAUCAAGCCUGUCUUUGUAUUCGAUGGCAGGCCUCCCAAUCAAAAGAGAGCUGUGCUGGAGAAAAGAGCUCAAAGCACAGGCUGGGGCAGCUCACCAAGCUCAAACACAGGUAGUAUAAAUGUUUGGCCAAACAUUGUGCUAAAAAGGAGUCUACCAAUUUCAUCCUUUACUCAAGACUGUCACCGUCUCCUACAGCUAAUGGGUGUACCAUGUAUCAUGGCUCCGGGUGAAGCAGAGGCACUCUGUGCCCAUUUGGUUAAAAGUGGCACUGUUAAUGCUGUAGCCUCAGAGGACAUGGAUACACUGGCAUUUGGGGGAACUGUUCUUCUACGCCAGCUUAAUGCAAAGAGAGACAGUGAGGUGACAGAGUACUCCUUACCAAAGCUAUUGGAAGCUUUACAGCUGACACAUAAAGAGUUUGUUGACCUAUGUAUCUUACUGGGCUGUGACUACUGUGAUAAGAUUGGGGGCCUUGGACCAAGUCGAGCACUGAAGCUUAUAAAGGAGCAUCAUACAAUUGAGGGUGUGAUGGAACACGUCAACAGAAAGACACACCCUAUCCCUUUAAACUGGGAGUACAAGGCUGCCCGCAAGCUGUUUUUUGAAACGCCACAAAUUGACGCCCCUGUACUGGUUUGGAAUGAGCCUGAUGAAGAGGGCCUGGUGCAGUUUCUAUGCAAGGAAAAACCUUUGAAGGAAGAAAAAGUGCGAGGACGCAUUAAGAAGUUUCAUGAGUCUCUCUUAAAGAGAAGGAAACAGAGGGAGGUGGAUGAGAAGAUGGGGCCAACUAGACAGUCACACCUUCAGGAAUUUUUCCCUGCAACACGGAGAAGAAAGGCUGAGUCUGCAGAUGUUGGAAGAUCCAGUGGCACAAAACGAUCAAAGACUAAAUAAAAUACAGUUUUGCUUAAACCAUGUCUUCAACCGAACAGUCAGAAAUAUAAUGGCAGUAUCUAAUGAUGAAGAUUAGCAUGGAUCUGUGUUGAAUGCUAACUUUCUCUACUGAAUAUUUUGAUUUUGUCAAACAUAAUUUAAAACCAGUGCCAGGAAAAGAUAUUUUACAUUUUUGUCUAUAUCAUGCACAAUUAAGAAACAACUUUUAUUUUUGGGAACCUGUAUUGGAUUACAGUAAAAUACCCCUUUUUUUC